AUUAGCUAUUGGGUGUUAGUAUUGUACUGCAUUUUACUAACUUUAAAUUAUAUAUUCACUUGUUUUUCACGAAAAUGCCGAGAAAAUGCUCUGUGGAUGGUUGUACGGGAUCUUCAGGGGGGAAAAAGAAUACUUUAUUUAAAAGCCCAAAAGAUGUAGAUUGUUUGACAGCUUGGAAUGAAGCUAUUUCAAAUGCCAAUGGUCGAAAUUGCUUAGCUACAUUUGUUUGCGAAAAACAUUUUAAAACUGAAGACAUUAUUUAUGAAUAUGCUAACCAUCCAAAUAAUAUAAACGGAGAAAUGAAACGCACUAUACCUCAAUUAAAGCGAGGUGCUGUUCCAUCAAUUUUUUCUUCUUAUAUUGGUGAAUCGUUAAUUAUUAAAAAACCCAGACCAGCAUGCAGUAAACAAUUAGUAUGGAGAUAUAUCCCUGCUUCUUUAUCUGUGAAUGAUAAUAGUGAAGCCAUUCAAAAAUGUGAACAUGUACCUGAAGUUAUUAUAAAUACCUUUGACAAUCUUUUAAAUGUGUAUAAACAUUUGAAGUUACCAAUGGGUUGGUCGUCAUAUGGAAAUGUGAAAGCAGUAACAUUUUAUUUAUUAGGACAUACAUUUAAUGGUGAAAAACUUUUUGCAACAAUUGAAAAACAAAUCACAUUUACAUCUGAACAUGAAAUUGGAUUUUAUAUUAUGAACAAUUUUCCAAUAAGUUGUAAUGAUCUCGGUUUAAGUUUUAAUUUGACUUUUCCCCUUAAUGAAAAAAGUAUUGAAGAACCAAUUGAACAUUUUAAUAAUAAAAUAGUUUGCUAUGGUGGUCCUCAUGCAUCCAAUUUUUCUGGUAUUCAAGUUAAAACUGCAUCUCUAGGAUUCAAUAAUGUAUGGCGUCAUGUUAAAUGUUCAAUGAUUAUUGAUUCUAACAAAAGAUGUAAAUUUUGUGAAGGUUUAUAUUCAACAUUUAGAGUGUAUAAAAAAAGAUCUUCGGAAGUAAAGUCUAAAUAUAUAGGGUCAAUUCUUACUCCAAUCCGCAAAAAGAAAUAUUGUAAUAUUUUAAAUAAAAAAAAAAAUUUACAAAAAUCAAACUCUAGGUAG